AUGACACUGUUGUAUGAGACCCACAAUAUCUAUCCUAAAACAGCAUCUAGUAUCACCUUUCAAAACAUGUGUUGUUCUGAUUCUUGUUGUUUUGUGUUGGUUGUGCGAAAGCCGAUCAGACUUGACGGCCCAGUGAAAACAGGCCAGGGUUGUGCGAAAGCCGACCGACUGACAGACAGGCCCAGUGAAAACAGGCCCUUGGUCGUGCGAAAGCCGAUCAGACUUGACGGCCCAGUGAAAACAGGCCAGGGUUGUGCGAAAGCCGACCGACUGACAGACAGGCCCAGUGAAAACAGGCCCUUGGUCGUGCGAAAGCCGAUCAGACUCGACGGCCCAGUGAAAACAGGCCAGGGUUGUGCGAAAGCCGACCGACUCACAGACAGGCCCAGUGAAAACAGGCCUUGGGUUCUGUGA